UAGGUCGUAGAAAAAAACAUUUACAACCUCUGAGAUAAUCAAAAUAGAAGUCUCAAAAUUGUAGAAGUUAAAGUAUUACACGAGAAAAAUGAAGAACAAAACAGAUUUAAAAAUCAUACUUAAUGAUUCCCGUGCAGUUCUGUAGCCUUUGAAAAAUGAAAACUAUAUUUAUCGAAUAAAAUGUAUCAUUUUAUGGAGAAUUACACAGUGCAUAUUUUGGAAAAAAAGAAUAUGCCGUGAGCGGUGAUAAUCAAUGAAGAUAUUGAAAAACAACAGAGACACCAUUUAUUCUGUCGCACCCAUUACAACUUCAUGCCAGUAGACUGUUGUAUAUGUUGAUCGUUUCUCCAUUUCUUUCUGUCUCACUCAUUCCUAGAAUAUUUUCUAUUGCGAUAUAUAUUCGAUGGAUGAUUUCAAUGUCAAACUGUUCAAGUAAGUCAUUUUCUGUCGAUAUUGAAAAUAGAAAACAAUAUCUGACUCUCUCAUCUCAUAGCAACAUUGAUUAUUUGAGUCAAGGCAUCGGUUUUGAUUUAUCAGUCGUGCUCUUAGUAUUAUUUUCCACUAUUGGUAGUGCUUUAGUCGCCUUAAUCAUCAAUUGAAAGUUGGCAAUUGUUAUACUGUGCAUUGUGCCAUUGACAAUUGUCGGCUCAUAUGCUUUUUCAAAUAUAAACACAAUUACUGAUCAUUAAGUUAGCUUAUACUAAUUCUAAAAGGUCACUGCCAAAGAAUCAAGAAAUGAAUUGGAUACGUGCUCAAAAGUGGGAGACGUCGUUCAGGAAGUGUUCAGUUCUCUUCGUACUGUGCUUUCACUCAAUGAUAAAAAAUUUGAAGAGAAAUGGCCGGCAAUAUAUAUAAUUAUAAGCGAAUUUUGUAAGCCAUGCGCCAUGGCUAUGUUUGAAUUUUAUUGUGCAUAUAGAUACAAAAGCAAAUUACAGGUAACUCUUUGGAGCAGUGUACGCAAGGAUGCCGCGUUUGGUUUCUUCGUUGUAUGGAUCUCUCUUAUAGGAUAAAUCAUUUAUUCAGUUGGUUUCGCCUCCGACUUAUCUCUCAUGCAUCACACAGGACAUGACAUACUACUCUAUUUCAGUGAUGUUCUUGUGGUAAAUCAUUUAGUUCAUAAUUCAGACUUCCAAAACCAAUAGGUUCUCGAUGUUUGAGUAGAUAGUGAUUACUUUAGCAAAAAAUGCCAGUUUUCUUGCCUUUACUAGCCCUUUCUUUCAAUCAUUAGGAGAAACUCGAGGUGUUUUAGCGCCCAUAUUUCAAUUGAUUGAUUGAUGAGGUAAAUUUUUGUUUAAUGUACGAUCUAAUCGCUUCUUGAAUACAUCAUAUAGGACGAGAAGACAAGUAUGGAUGAAACACAAAUAUCGGAAGACUCAGUUGCUUGUGAAGAAGCUAUAAACUUGAAUAACGAUAUUCAAAUUGAUAAUAUCAACUUUGCUUAUCCAACUCGAUAUGAUGUCUUAGCUCUACGAAAUCUGACACUGACGGCUCGUGCAGGUGAGAUAACAGCUUUAGUCAGCUCAAGUGGCUCUGUUAAGUAUUUUACAAAGAGAAAACAAACUAUAGAUUGAUAGUCCGUUCUUUAUUGAGCGAACAGGCAAAAGCACAUGAAUUUCACUUCUACUUCAUUUUUAUGAACAUUUGUCGGGUCGCCUUACAAUUCAUGAUCGAUUGAUUAUCAAUUGCAACUUGAAACAAUUACGAUAGAAGAUUGGUAUGGUCAGUCAAGAACCUGUAUGUCUGUCUGAUUGUAUUCUAACUUUUGCAUUUGAUAUUGUUCUACGUAGGUUCUCUUUGCCACAAGUAUUUAUGAAAAUAUUCCCAUUGGUAAAGAAAAUCCAACAAGGAUUGAGAUCGAAGAAGCAGCACGUCAAGCCAAUGCACACAAUUUCAUUAUGCAAUUACUCAAUAAAUAUGAUACAGUCGUUGGUGAACGUGGUAUUCAAUUAAAUGACGUAACAAGUGCUCUUGAUGAUGCCAAUGAAAAGAUUGUUCAAGAAGCACUCGAUCGAGUUUGUAAAGGUCGAACGACUAUUGUGGUCGCUCAUCGUUUGACGAUAAUUCGCAAUGCACAUCGAAUUUAUGUCUUGCAUAAUGGGCAUGUCAUUGAACAAGGUACACACGAGACACUGAUGUCAAAAGAAGGAAGUCAAUAUCGCAAGAUGAUGAAAGCUCAACAGAGAGAAAAAAUGGAAAAUGAUGUCGAUGAAAUUUUGGGCCUACCACAAACAGUAGAAGAUGAUCAAAAACAAAUACGUACGUAA